CACAGGUGCAGGGAGACAGCAUUCCUCUCCGGCGGCCGGGCGGAGAUGGAGGGCGCCGCGGCUCCCAAGCGCCGGACCCUCGGCUUCUUCAAACCCAGGCUCUACAUGUCGGAGCGGCGCCGUACCGACACCAUCAUCGCGCAGGGCGAGGAGGAGAAGGCCAGUAACCUGCGGAGGAGCCAGUCUGAUCGCAGCGAGUACAGCCAGAGACUGAAAGCCAAGAUGACUCCCCAUGCAAUUCCUGAAGCUUCAGCAACCCCAACGCUGGACCCAGAGGAACAGAGGGAGCACAUGAUGCGCAGGAGGUUAAAGAUCAUCGAGGAACUAGUACAGACUGAGAAAGAUCACUUCAGAGACCUGGAUCUGUGCAUCACCCAUGUUGUGCAGCCUCUCCGGGAGAAACAGAUCGAGUGUCUCGAUGUGGAUGGGUUGUUCAGUAACAUCGAAUCAGUCCAUCAGAUAUCUGCCAAGCUCUUGUCAAUGCUGGAAUAUGCGGUCACCGAGGAUGGACCAGAAAUGCAGAUGAUCGGUGAAAUAUUUUUGCAGAUUAAAACUCCUUUAGAGGAAGUCUAUAAAAUCUAUUGUUAUCACCAUGAUGAUGCCAAUAAUUUGCUGGAAAUGUAUGACAAAGAUGAAGAAAUUCGGCAGCAUAUAAGAAACCAAAUUGAUGUUCUGAAGAAAAUAUAUCAGGAGCAGGGCAAGUCUACCUUGCUGGAUAUGGGAUCGCUGCUCAUUAAGCCUGUGCAGCGAGUGAUGAAAUAUCCACUGCUGCUGAGCGAGCUUUUGAAAUCCACCCCGGAGCUCCAUGCAGACCACAGACCCGUCGAAGAGGCUCUGCUUGCAGUGAUGCAAGUCAACAACAACAUUAAUGAAUUCAAAAGGAGGAAGGAUCUGGUGAUGAAGUACAAGAGAAGUGAUGAGGACGAAUCUCUCAGGGACAAGUUAUCCAAAGUCAACAUUCGUUCCAUCAGGAAGAAGUCUAACCGUGUCACCAGUCACCUGAAGAUCCUCACUGGAGCAGAGCUGCAGGUCAAAGAUGAGACGUUCGACCGAGAAGAGAAAUUGUUUCGAAACUUGGAGAGGGCUGUGAGAUUUGGUGUGAAGAACACACUCUCCUAUGUUCAGAAUAUUCAGGAAGGUAUGCUAUUGGCUGUUCAGAAUGUCCAUGGACUUCAAAGAACUUUCCAAGAUUCCAACCAGACCAACGGUGACUCUCUAGACAGACUCAAAAACUAUCAAAACUCUUUUGAAAGUUUUAGAGACCAUUUGGAGAGGGCAGUGGUCUCGCCACUCACUACGUUGCAGGUCCUCUUCUCGGCUCCCCAGAAGCUGAUCCAGAAGCGCUACGACAAGCUGCUCGAUUACGUCAGUUGCCUCAAGCAGUCUGAGAGCGUGAGGGAGAAGAAGGCCACAGAGGAGCUGAACCAGGCGAAGAGGGACUACGAAGCUCUGAAUGGGCAGCUGGUGGAGGAGCUGCAGAAAUUUAACAAAGCGGCAAUAAAGAUUCUAAUCAACUGCAUUUACUGCUUCAUGGCCAUCUUCAGGGACCUCAUGACCUCCGCUCUACAGGCAUCCCCGUCCGUCAAAAACAUGCCGAUUACUCCUGCAAGGAAUGUCCAAGACAAGCAAAAACAAGUCAUUGAAGAAAUUUGUAAGCUGUCUUUUGGCAAGGAGUUCGGCAACGGAUCUCAGAGAGUGAUGGAGAGGAGGAACAGUUCAGAAGAAAGGUCAAAGAAAAGGUCAUCAGCUUCCAUGCCCAAAGCUCCCCAUCAGACUGAAGACCACCGGGCUAAACUCCUGUCAACACACAGUCCUGACAAACUGUUUCAAGCAAAGCGGAAGUUCAAUGCCACCCAAGAUUUAGACACAUCUCUUCAUGAGGGUGAAAUCGUGGCAGUUCUCGAGAAGCAAGAUCCUAUGGGCAGUGUGAGCAGGUGGCUCGUUGACACUGGAGUGACACGAGGCUAUGUAUAUUCCUCAUUCCUGAGACCGUAUAACCCUGCGAUUGGACAGAACGGACUGUCGACUGAAGGAUCCGUUAUGGACGGCGAUUUUGAUGACAUUGCCCUUUUCGUGUCUUCAUAUUCUGACAUCAUGAAGAUUUCACACUUCAACUCCAGUGACAGUGACACUACGCUGAACAGUUCUCAGGAGAUCAGUCCGUGCAGUGCAGACACAAUGUCGUUCAGUGGCAGCGAUGACAACUCAAGCGACCUUGGAGAGCAGCAGAUCUUCUAUGCUGUGUACCCCUUUCAUGCAAGGAGUGAAUAUGAACUCAGCCUCCAAGAGUACGAGCGAGUGAAGAUAGUGAAAUCCAGUGACGUGAGUGGCAACAAAGAUUGGUGGUUGGCAGAAGUCAAUGGGAAAAGAGGUUAUGUCCCUGCAAACUACUUGGGAAGAAUGUCUUAUGCAUGAAGACUCAACAUGUGAAAACCUUCGAGAUUCAUGGAUGGACCUUCAUGUGGCUGCCGUCCUAGUUUUGGGCAACAUGUUGAAGGAGCGGGCCUGUUUAAUUGGAUGUGGCCAUACGACUCAAUCAGUGCCGCAACUGAGGCAGCGUCUCAUUGUCUAUUCUACAUCUAGUGCUCCCAACGCUCCACCAAAUCCAACACGAGAGACUGCGGAUGCUGGAACCUGAUGCAGAAAACAAGCUGCUGGAGGAACGCCGCAGGUCAGGCGGCAUCUGUGGAUGGAAAUGACAGUCGAUGUUUUGGGUCAAGACCCACAACGUUGAAUGUCCACCUCCCUCCACAGAUGCUGCCUGACCCGCUGAGUUCCUCUGGCAGCUUGUCUUUUGCUCCAAAAAAAUUCCUUGUGUUUAAAUACACUUUCCAAUUCUUUCCAAGAAAAUUGAUUCACUUUCCAUGUGGAUAGGAAACUACUGCCUUGAAGCAACUGUUUAGUGAAAUGUUUAGUGGUGUGUUGUGUGUGUGUGUGCACGUGUGUGAACACCAUGUGAAGGAUAUGGCAACAAUGAUCCAGAUUCCAAGGCCACAAAAUCUAGAUGUUGCUGUUAAACAUACUCCUGUGGAGUAGAGACUUUUUAAAUAAAUCCUUUUGAGAUAUGAAGGUAUACACUUAAUUCAAAGCUACUUGCACAUUAUCCAGAAUAUUUAAUAGGAAUCUUUUUUUUCUACUAGCAUUUCAAUUAUUAAGUCUCACAGAAGGUGAAGCCAAAGAAUGCAGCAUGUUUUAUUUCGCUGUGGGGGCAGUUUUUAUCUUCAUCCCUAACUCCUCUAGAAAGGACUGGCUUUCUAGUCCAUUUCAGAGCGCAGUUAGGAUCCAACUGUGGAGUCACACUGAGACCAGACUGGAUAAGGUAGCAAAUUUCUUUCCCUGGGAACAUUUGUAAAACUGAUGCAUUAAUCCAGUGGUUCUAUAAAUACAGGGUUUUAAAUUCCAGAUAUUAUUUACCUAACUAAAUUUAAGAAUCCUGGGUACUGCAGUGGAAUUUCAGUUUGUGCCUCCAGAUUAUGAGUCCAGCAUUCUGAAUAAACUGUGCAGCAAAGUAACCACGAUGUUAUUGGUGUCCUUGGAAAGAUGCAGCACAGUGGACAGCAUUUGUCAUGCCACAUCUGUGUCAACCCAUCGAAAGACGUCUCCAUUGAUGGUGUACAUGGGUAGCACUUACACUAAGUAAGCAGGGAUUGCAGAAAUGGACAAACAACAAGCCUUCUAAAAUGUAAGCAAUGAUAAUUUCCUGAUUAAUUAUGAUGGCGUUGGAGAGUCAGACCUCGAGGCCAGUAUUCCCAAUUUUCCGAGCUUUGACGUGAAUGCAGACUGUGAAUGGACCCUGCCGAUGAUUCUCUUCUGCUUGUCAAAAUCCACGUGAGGGUCCGUACAGGAGGGACCACCCUCACAGAUUCUGCCUGUGGUCCUUGCACUGGGCUUGUUGAAGGAAAUUUUACUUUGUCGAUCCCCAUCGAACUAUUCAGAAGAGUUACAAAAUGCUCCGUACUGCGAAUUCCUGAUCAUCAUGCCUCAGUAAAGAGCAUAGAUAGUAUUGUGCCUUGAACUCCCCAGUGUCACGAUUAGAUAAGAUGUUUACUGUGUGAGAUUGUUGAGGAACCUGUUAUUCUACAGACAUUCUCCUCAUGCCUAUUAGGUAAAUGUGUGGAUUAGUCUUAUUAUUUAUGCAUUGUGUUUGUACAAUAAUAUCUAGCAGUAAUAGAUACAAUGGGGCACUGACAAUAAAUUUUAGCAAGCUAAACACUGCUGUCUGUAACCCAACAUUUACUGGAUCCUGCCUCAAAUCUUUCAGUGCUGCAUUAACAUCCUAGAAUGUUAAGACUUUACAGUCUACCAUUGAAAGUGAACACAGGAAGAGGUAAUGCCAAGAUGAUUGAACCCAGUUGCUCUCCCAUUUGCUUCUGAAAGCUGCCUUCACAGCUGCACAGUUCUUAAUACAAUUCACGCAAAGCAAGAAGUUAGCACCUUGGGUUCAAGUGCAGUCAUCGGUUUCCCCUGGGGAGUUGGCCACAGUGUCUUGGCCAAAAUGUUUCCCUUGAUCAACGUCACAGAGAUUGAUCAAGGGAACGUCACGUUCCCUUGAUCAACGUCAAGCAAGCUCCCACAAACAGUAAUGUGAUAAUGACUAGAUAAUCUCUGUGACGUUGAUCAAGGGAAACAUUUUGGCCAAGACACUGUGGCCAACUCCCCAGGGGAAACCGCUGUGAAGUGCUUUGGCUGUCCUGACCUCGUGAAAGUUGUUACAUAAAUGUACAUCUUUCUUUUAAACAGACUGCAAGACUCUUGAUGUCAAUGGGAUUACGUGUGUGAAAACUAGUUACUUUGAAUGAAUUUUAUUACAAGUUCCCAUAUUUUGUUAAAUUGUCAUCCAAACACAUUACAUUUUUUAUCUUGCUUUCAUCAACAACUUUUCUGUUAUUUGCAGAGACAAAGUCUAAUCUUAUGCAAAAGCUGAAUUCUGGCUUGAGGAGAUAUGCCUUCUGUAAACUUUUCUGUAGGGGCCAGUUAAUGUGUAGCUCGGGUUGGAAGAUUUAAGCAGCCUUCUCAUUAAAACAGUUAUGAGAUAGAUAAAUGAAUUGACUGUUGUAUAAAUGGGAGCUAAAGUCUCAACUCAGGAAAUGCUGUGAGUUCUGGCCAGUCUCCUUAGAGGCAACUUCUUGUUCAUUUCUUUGUGGGGAUUUUAUACACUUUUGUGAACCAUAUUUUAAAGUACAGGGCCUGACGUGAUGCACGAUGGUUGCAGCUUUAUAAUGAAGGUCAAGUGGUAUUCAGGAGCUUUCGAUUAUGGGCUAGGGUUAUUAGUGAUAAGACUGACAUUGCUUCAAGACGUGUGUGUGUGUGUGUGUGUGUGUGUGUGUGUGUGUGUGUGUGUGUGUGUGUGUGUGUGUGUGUGUGUGUGUGUGUGUGUGUGUGUGUGUGUGUGUGUGUGUGUGAAAGAUUGCUGAAGCUUUCCCAAGUUCCACCCAUUUUAGCUCCUAGACCACACCACAUUCGAGAAUUUUGACUAGAGGGGCAUCUUCUUCCAUUUGUGCUUGAAGCAACGGCUUUUGAAGAGAUCCUAAUGAUUCAUCAUCGUCACACAGCAUGGAAACAGACCCCUUGGCCCACUAUGUCCAUGUGUACCAUUACGUACCAAUCUAUACCAAUCCCUCAUCUAAUGUCACCCUUUCCAGUGGCUCUGUUUGAACAAUAUUGUGCACCCUUUCAUGAACUCCACAAUAAUUUCUCCAGCACAUUUUAACCCAUCAGAAGAUUUAGCCAGCCCUUGGACCAUAAGAUUAAUUUGGAGAUACUUCACGGUUCCCUUGAAUCGCCUUCGUUAGCUAGAAUGCACAAAGCGCAUUGGUAUGGCUUAGCUGGCAAAAUUAUCCUGUGCAAUUUUGUGGAAUUUGUUUAGUUUCUGGGCAAAUGUCACAUUUCAUGUAUUCAGCAUUUUAAACACUUGUGCAAUCGGUAUUUUCAUUCCUGAGAGGGAGUGACUAUUUAUCUUGUCAACUUGUCAGUGGACAAAUUGAUUCACAAGUUGUAUAACUGAUGAUUUGUUUUGA